CCCUUUUCCUCACCUGCGGCGGCGGGGCCGCAGCGGCUCCGGCCCAGCCAGGUCCACCCGGGACCCGCCGGGACCCCCGAUGGAGACCCUCAGGCGCUGCUUCCGUGCACGGCCCCCCGGGGGGGGUCCCGUGUCGUACUCGCGGCACAGAGACCCCCGGGGGGGGGACGAGGAGGAGGAGGAGGAGGGGGCGGAGCCCAUCGUGCAGCUGCCACGCCCCCGGACACGCCCCAGGCGCAGGCCACGCCCCCGGAAACGCCCGUGGCUCCACCCCUUGGCCACCCUGGCCCUGGGCUCGGCCACCGCUUUCGUGCUGGGGCUGUUGGUGGCCGGGAUUGGCCACACCCCGUGCAGGGGCGGGGCCGUGGGGGCGGGGUCUCUUACAGGAGGCCCCACCCCCGAUGGAGUUUGGGGCGGGGCCAGCGCAGAGGCUCCGCCCCCCCGGCCCCGCCUGCGGGAGCUGCUGCGGCGUCACCUUUCGGAGGAGCGGGUGGAGGCCUGGGUGCGGGAGGUCAGCGCGGGGCCGCACGGGGCGGGGUCAGGGCGUGGCCGCGCUUUGGCCCAAUCCGUGCUCAGCGCCCUGGCGGGGGCGGGGCUGACCCGGGCCUGGAGCCGCCCACAGCCCCUCCCCCUCCCGAUACGGGGGGAGGUGACCCUGCGCUGGGUGGGGCCGGAGGGGGAGGAGCUGGAGCGGCUCCGCCUCGACCCCGACGCUUUCUGUGCCUGGAGCGUCCCCGGCAACGCCACGGGGGGGCUGGUCUACGGCCACUACGGCCGCCCCCAGGACCUGGCCGAGCUGCGGGCCCGGGGGGUCUCGGCCCGGGGUCACCUGAUGCUGCUGCGGCUGGGGAGGGGCAGCCCCGCCCAGAAGGUGAGACCCCACCCCAAAGGUGAGACCCCAGAGCCGGGGGUGCAGGACACAUCUGGGACCCCCGCAGGUGGCGGCGGCGGCGGGGGCGGGGGCCGUGGGGGUCCUGCUGUACCCGGACCCCCAGGACACGGCCGGGCCCGGGGGAGGCCCCGGGCUGGGGGGGGACACGGCCGUGACCGUCCACGUGCAGGAGGGGGCGGGGGACCCCUUCAGCCGGGGGUUCCCCUCCUUCACCGGCCGUGCCCCCCCCGGGCCCCCCCCGGGGGUGCCCCCGAUCCCCGCCCACCCCAUCAGCGCCAACGUGGCCGCGAAGCUGCUGCGGGUUUUGGGGGGUCCCCGGGCCCCCCCGCACUGGACGCCGCCGGGGGGGUCCCUGCGGUUCCUGCCCCGCCCGGGGGGGCGGCGGCUGCAGCUGAGCGUGGGGGGGGGGGACGCGCCCCGGGACCCUCACCAGCGUCUUCGGGGCCCUGCGGGGGCGGCUGGAGCCCGACUGUUACAUCAUCGUGGGGGCCCAACGCGAUUCGCUGGGGCCGGGGGCGGCGGCCUCGGGCGUGGGCACCGCCCUCCUGCUGGAGCUCGCCCGGUUCUUCGCCGCCAUUGGCCGAGAGGGGCUACCCCGACCUCCUGCACACCAAAGUCGCCGCCUACAUCAGCCUGGACCGGGCCGUGCUGGGUGCCGAGCGGUUCGCGGUCAGAACCAGCCCCACCCUGGUGAACCUGAUCGAGAGCGCCCUGGAGCAGGUGGAGAGUCCGAACGAGGGCGGGAAGAGCCUCCUGGAGCAGCUGACACGGCCGGGACGGGGCUGGGAGAGCGACGUGAUCCGCCCCUUGUCCCCGGACAGUUCCGCCUUUCCCUUCACGGCGGCCGCGGGGGUCCCGGCGCUGGAGCUCGGCUUUGACGAGGUGGCGGGUGGCUCCCGCGCGGCUCUGGGGACCCCCGAGGACACGCUGGCCCGGCUCGGGGCGCGGCUGCGGGGCCGCUUGCCCGCGGUGGCCCGCGCGGUGGCCGCGGUGGCCGCGCAGCUCCUGCUCCGCCUGGGCCACGACCCGCGGCUGCCGCUGGACCCCGGCGCGCUCGGGGACGCGCUGGUGCGACAGCUGGCCCCGCUGCAGGCGCGGGCGGUGUCGCUGCAGUGCCUCUCCUCGGCGCGGGGGGGCGUUGUGCGCGCGGCCGCCUCGCUCCGUCGCGACAUGUCGGGAUCGGACAGCUCCAACGAGCGCCUCAACCGCGGCUUCAACGCGCGCCUCAUGGCCGCCGAGGCGUCCCUGCUGUCCCCGUUCGUGUCCCCUCUGGUCACCCCGUUCCGCCACGUCCUGCUGGGCCGGGGGGGUCACACGCUGCCGGCGCUGGUGGCCGAGCUGGGGACAGCGGGGACCCGCGGGGACAGCGUCCGGCGGCGCCUGGCCCUGCUGGCCUGGACCCUGCGCGGCGCGGCCGCCGCCAUGGCCGGGGCCAGCUGGGACCGCGGGGACCUCGGGGACAGGGGCGGCCUCGGGGACAACGGCGACUGCGGGGACACCGGGGACACUGGGGACAGCUGGGGUGGCCUCGGGGACCGUGGGGACACCGGGGACAGCUGGGGUGGCCUCGGGGACCAUGGGGACAGCUGGGGUGGCCGCCACGCCCACACGCCCACGCCCAUGUUGGUCCCGCCCACUCGUGUGUGA